ACGUUCAAACACGGGCGCACACAGGUUGUACCCGCAACGCAGCGUUUUGGUCUGUUUUUUUUGUCAUUUCCAGAAAUCAGAUGCCCUAAGCUUCGUACAGUCGAUCCUUUCCCCUUUCACUCCCAAAAUCCGUCGCGACUCGCGUGAGCUUCGCUCUGUCUCUCUAUCGUCCGUCUUUAGUCAAGGCUCACGGCGCUUCUUCAGUCACGGCCCUCUCUCUCUUCAGUCACUUCGAGCUCUGUCUCUUCAGUGACGGUGAUUCUUCAGUCAAGGCGUUCUGUCUUUUCAGCCUGUGAUUCCGUCGCUCUGUCUCUCCGAGUCCGAGGCACCCUGGUGAAGAUUUAAUGAAUGGUGCUUCUGCAUCUAGCAGCUCAAGGGCAGCUUUCUCCUAUUGCGUACAACAAGUGCGAAGCUAUGACUAUCAUCAUUAUCUAUGUCUUCUUGAACUCCCUCCAUCGAUGCGGAAGGCUGCAUUUGUGCUACGUGCCUUGAAUGUCGAAACAGCAAGAGCUAUGGAUGUUGCAUCUGAUCCCAGGAUUGGUCUUAUGCGCCUGGUAUGGUGGCAAGAAGCCAUAGACAAAAUAUAUGCCAAUAAAUUGAUUGAACACCCAACAGCACAGGCCCUUUCAUCCAUUCUUGCUGAAACCAAACUUAGCAAGACAUGGUUGAAACGUUCUGUUGAAGCUCGGAUCAAUGAUGCAAGAAGAGAGGCUACUGACAUGCCAGAAACUAUUGUAGAGCUUGAGAAAUAUUCUGAAGACACAACAUCAACUAUGCUGUACUUGACCCUUCAAGCUGGUGGUAUCAGAUCCACAGUGGCUGAUCAUGCGGCCUCACAUAUUGGUAAGGCAAGUGGCAUCCUCUUGCUACUCAAAUCGCUGCCUUAUCAUAUCAGUCGCAACCGCCAUUUUUCUUAUAUUCCGGCUAAAGUGGCAUCAAAACAUGGACUGAUAGUUAAGGAGGGAGGUAGAGAAGAAAUGCGCUUGGAUUCUCGUGGGGGUCUCUGUGAUGUAGUUUUUGAGAUGGCCUCUGUGGCGAAUGCACAUUUAGAGAAAGCGAGGAAAUUAGCUGAAAGUGUGCCAUCUGAAGCUGUUCCAGUGCUUCUACCAGCAGUGCCUGCGCAGAUUCUGUUGGAUUCUCUGAGUAGGGUUCAAUUUGAUGUGUUUGAUCCAAGGCUUGCGCGAGGUGUUCUGGGAAUAUCCCCUUUGUGGUAUCAGCUUAAACUGAAGUGGAUCUCAUGGAGAAGGAAAUACUGAUAAGUUGUCUUAGCUGAAUGAUUUUUAUGUGGCAAAUUCUUAGAACGCUUGUUGUAUUUAUUGUGUUCUUCAUAAAAUUGGCGCUACUUGUAAAAGUGAUACCAAGCUAGCGUUCAGUCUUACAUUCUGAAGCUCUGUGUUGAUGGCAGAGAUUCUCUUCCAAGAAGUAUUGAGAGUAAAGAAUGUGCACAAUAAUUGAGAAUCGAACUUUUAACUAUUCA